AUGGCCUCAACCGGCUUAGUUGAAUCAUUCGUUUCAGCGGUGCAAGCCAGCCUCUCGGUGCUUCUGGUCAUCAGCUAUGGCGGCAUUGCCGCUUAUCUCAACUUGCUCGACUCCAAAACCACAAAAGCAAUUUCCAAGAUAUGUGUGCGAAUGUUUCUGCCAGCCUUGUUGAUGGUUCAAAUCGGCUCAGAGCUACACGCAGGCGCAGCACAUCGAUAUUUGCUCAUCUUUGCAUGGGCUCUGAUAUGUCAUGCUAUCUCCUUUCUCAUUGGCAUCUUUGCCCACCUGUUCAUGGGAAUGCCUGACUGGAUUACGGCUGCGAUCAUGUUCAACAACACGACCAGCUAUCCACUCCUACUGAUUGCAGCCUUGCAAGACACUGGGGUGUUGGAAGCUCUCAUAAUGCCCGAUGAAACCGCGCGCCAAGCCGUGGAAAGGGCAAAAUCGUAUUUUCUGGUCUUCGCCACCGUUUCUAGUUGUCUCACUUUUGCCGUCGGCCCUCGCCUCAUUGAUUCUGAACAUGGCCACGACUCUGACAAAAUCUCCCAAGACUCAGAAUCGCACAGCAGCGGGGAUGUUACCCAGGCAGAUGAAACCACAGGCCUCCUGCCGCAACGAGAAUCUCUGGUUCAAUUCUCCGAUCCGUUUAGACAAAAUUCAUUCUUCCCAUCUCUGAGAAAGAGAUCCCAGACAAGGGUGAGGCUGCUGCCGGAUCGCAGGGCCUCGGUUGUCCCACAAAAGCAUUGGGCCACUCUCGGUCCAAGGUCAAAAUGGUGGCUGUUGUUCAUCUCUGACUUUUUCAAUGCUCCCCUUUUGGGAGCUGCAGUUGGAGCUAUAAUUGGUCUAGUACCCGCAUUACAUCGUGCCUUUUUCAACAGUACGAAAGAUGGCGGGAUAUUCACGGCCUGGCUGACGUCGUCUUUACGCAGUAUUGGCGGUCUCUUCGUCCCUUUGCCCGUGGUGGUUGCUGGCGUGUCACUCUUCAAUUCAUGGCGAGACGCGAGGAGCUCUGGUACAAACAGUCGGCAGAUUCCCUGGAUUACAGUCGUUUUCAUUCUGGUGAUACGCUUUGUCAUAUGGCCACUAGCCUCAAUAUCUCUCAUCUAUGCUCUUGCGUCUAAAACGAACCUCCUAGGAUCUGAUCCCAUGCUGUGGUUUGCAUUGAUGCUGAUGCCAACGGGGCCACCGGCGAUGAAAUUAAUUACUCUUGUUCAAGUCAGCAAUGCAAGCGAGGAAGAUGAGAAGACAAUUGCCGAGUUGCUCACAAUCUCAUACCUUCUAUCGCCAAUUUUGUCUCUGACUGUGGUGGGAAGUCUCCGAGCCGCGGAGCUGGCAGUUUGACUGAAUGAUGUUCACAACAUGAACAAGAUUUGGAAACCAAAAAGACCCGCUUGCACCGUUCGUGUCAAACUCCACGCCCAUGGCCUUCCCAACCUGCAUCGUAUCUGGCGUACCUCAAUAUACCAGUCAAUGGGAUGGCGGGAUGAAGGCUUCAGCUGUCAUCCUCAGGUCAAUAUGACUCGAGAGGCUAUCGACGUCAAAACAAAACUACCAUCCCCAAACUUUCUUGUACCUUUGGGCACUACAUUCCGACAUUAGUCUUGAUUUGGGGCCGCAUAAUUGCACUCCAAGAAGGCUUCUUCAACACUACUCGGCAUUCAGAAUCAAUAGUCCAGGCGCUCUAUCUGUCUCAUCACCCUUGCCAGGAGUAUCGGCCACUUCUGCUUGAGUUGAGAACAAUCAUCCAAUACAUCAACGCCAUGAAGGCUCCAAGGCCGACGAAGGCAAUCCCAAUAGGGCCACCGCACUUCUCGCUACGGAAAACACCAUGUUCUCAUUCAAGACUUCCGUCGUCAUUGAUUGGCGGCAAUUGCGUUGAUCUCUGAGAAGUUCUAAGUUCAUCGUCCGCACUGUCUGCGGAGCCCUUGAACGACCGACGACACGUAAAACCCCAGUAUUUGGAUUCAGCAUAAACCCGGAAAUUGUCUGCAUUAUCGACCGAUCGAAUUUGUUGCGCAUGAAACGACCCAUACCCAUCGGGUGGAUUGGGUCCCUGAAAGUCACCAAUUUGAGGAAUUCCCACCGAAUUCUCUUCUACUAUAUGGUCAAAGUAGGGCACAUCCUGAAAUAGCCCAUACCAGUGCAGCAUCUCGUGCAGAAGGAUCCCUCCGGGGGAUGUCAUAUACUCGGAGUCAUGGUCGCCAAUACCGUCGCAGCCCCAACCAGGUUCUCCGCGCUUGGAGGGAUCUGAUGGGUUCUCAAUCUCUGAAAGACUGGGAUAUCGCCAGAUUGUGUCGCAGAGAGAAAUAUAGGCCCAGUCGCCAAGUGCUCGACUCGUGUAACAAAAUGCAGCGGUCGUUGAUGAUGUACUGCAAUGUUUUGCACUUUCAGGAAUAUCAGGAUGAUCCCCAAGACUGAUCUCGAGCUUCGAGAACAUUGGGUUCAGGCUUGUAAAAGCCUCGCUGGAAAGGAGCUCUAGGGAUGUAUUCUCGUCAAGUUCAAUCUCAAGCGGCAUAUUGGCCAGAGUUUUGAAUAUAUUGUGCACGAAAACAGCAUCCAAAGCUGUGAAAUAUCGCUGAUACACCUGCCAGCAGAAGUUAGCAUUUGUGGUUAUGGAAGAUUAUCAAAGCCAGAGAUUAUUGCAGGGACCUAAUCAAUGCACUGACCUCUUCGCAAGGAUCGAAUGUCGCAGCGGCAACCCUCGCUAGCUUCACAGCA